AUGGCUGCUAUGGAUGAAGAUGAUAUCGCCAACUAUUAUCUUAUUCCAGGGGUAGAGAUUGUAAAUGUCUGGAUCGUCAGAGACGUAGCCACCGGCAGGGAGUUAGCUCGCUGGCCGAUAGCUACCCUGGGCCUAGCCAGUGAUCUGAUGAGGGGGAGAAGACGACGAAGGCGCCAUAGAAGAAGAUCGCCGUCUACCAGUGAUGAAGAUGACCAGCCAAGGAGAAGGAGGAGGACAGAUUCACCACCACCACCAACUUCCUAUUCGGCCCCUCUGAGUAGUCCGGAACUACUCCAGGACACCCCGAGAAGCCCGUCCCCUCCAAGAAGACCACCUACUCCUACCUGGUCACCCAGUCAUCCCCCGGGAGCAGCUGCUGGACAGUGGGAUUCCUCCGUAGAUUCGGAUUGGACCCCUCCCGUUAACAACGAUUGGGCUGGACAGGGGGAUUCGUCAUCCGUUGAUUCGGAUUGGUCCCCUCCCGUCAACGAUGACUGGGCACCCUCCCCGGAGCUGGCAAGACCACCACCACCCUCCCCGGAGCUGGCACCACCACCACCCCCGACCCCGGAUGUGUCACCAGGUGUGAGUACUACGGGGUCAAUUCCAUUUUGGGGGAUUCAAGUAGCAGCAGCCAGGCUGGAUUCCUGUGCAGUUUGCUUACAGGAGGAUGUUAUGUCCAACUACAUUUGCUGCCAGUGUCGCCGUCGACCGGCUUGUCUUGAGUGUUCAGCUGUGCUGGUACAGAUGCACCAAUCUUGCCCACUCUGUAGGACCAGGCGUGUUGCAUAUAGAGCACCUCGCAGGCGAGGAUUGAGACGACCUCCUCCAAGACAGUCAUCUCUACCCCCACCCGGAAGGCCGGACUUUCUGGAGCCGUUGACCGGUAACCAGCGACCUCCCCUCUCAGGCAGAACAGAGUUCCGCGGCAGAGGCAGAGGUAGAGGCAGGCCUCUCAGGGAGUAA